GUCCGCCCUCGUAUCUCAGGUAGCCCAGCAUUUCCUCCCGUCGGGCGCUAGAGGCGUACGUUGCCUCCCCCCCCCUCCCUCUCAACAAAUCAACGAUUUCCCAGCUGUCGGUGAGAGGUAGGGCGAGAUUUAAAAAAAAAAAAAAAGGCAACGAGCCACACCCACCGACGGGGUCGCUCUGCCAGCUUAACAGCUUGUUCUGCCGAAAAUCUCGCCCAGGAUCCCCAAGUUCCCCAAAUCCGCUCCAGCAUGGGGACAUCAGAGGUCCUAUGACUGCGACUGUAACCGUGACGACGAAUGCGUCCCGACCCGACCGCUAUCACGAGCCUCUACCCCCUAAAUAUUCUUCCAGCGUACUGUCAUCCCUCGUGUGCGCCUGACACUUCCUCCCGUCUCCCGUAGCUCAACCGCAUUCUAGGUCAGCCUCGGGCCCUACCUACGCGCUCGUCCGUUCCGACGAUAAACAUCUCUCUUCCGCGAAUCCGCCCCUCCCGGCCGAUGCCCCGUGCAACAUGUCCCUAUCCUCGGUCGUAGCCUACUUCCUCGGGGGUUAUACUGCCCUCGUCCUCGCCUUAUACAUGCUCGCUACCGUCGUUCCCUCCGCCGAGUUCGUGGGCCGUACGCUCGCCGCGUACAUCUCCAUGAUAAUAUGCGCCAUCUACGGUGUACUGGCGUCGAUAGUCCUUAGAAUCCUUGGCCGCGAACAGAUAGCCCAAUGGACGACCGGACGCGCCUUCAAGCAUGUCAUGGCCCUCACCACCGGCGUCGCCUUCGAGAUCGACGACCCGAAGGAACACCUCGAGACCGUUCGGCCCGCCGUGUUCGUCGGGAACCACCAGACCGAGUUGGAUGUUCUCAUGCUCGGCACCUUGUUCCCCAAGUACUGCAGCGUGACGGCCAAGAAGUCUCUGAAAAGCAUACCGCUCUUGGGGUGGUUCAUGGCCUUGAGCGGCACCGUCUUCAUUGACAGAAAGAAUACGCGCGACGCGAGGGACGCAAUGACCGGUGCCGCCAAGGAGAUCCAGCAACGGAAGCAAAGUGUUUACAUGUUCCCCGAGGGCACGCGCAGCUACUUGAAGGAACCCGGUCUUUUGCCCUUCAAGAAAGGCGCGUUCCACCUCGCUGUUCAGGCCGGCGUUCCUAUCGUCCCGGUGGUAGUGGCCAACUAUUCUUAUGUCCUCUACAUCAAGAACCGCGUCUUCAGAUCGGGGAAGAUUCCCGUCAAGGUCCUAGAUCCAAUUCCUACCGCUGGGUUAACCGCUGAGGACGUCGACGAGCUCACUCGAACUACGCGGGAACUCAUGCUCAAGGAGUUGGUGGCGCUGAGCCAGAAGGCGCGGAACAGGCCCUUCGCUGUGCCGGAAACUGGUGGCGACGGCGUCGUCCAUGCUAGCGGAGCCGACGUAACUCUGUCAUGAAACGCCAUGUGGCAACGCCUCAAGUAGCGUGUGCGAACCGGCCACGUGUACGGCGUGGACCUGACGAAAGAGUGUGCUGCCCCCCUACUUGGUGAUGAAGGUAUGGGGGUCUACGUACGGUGUUUUGUCUAACAAGGCACCCCUUAGACUAUGAGGAGUACAUUUGCUCGAUACCCCUAUAGAUCUGGUCGUUCCGGGCCUCUAUCCAUAUUCCGGUAGCUCGCUCGGCGGGAUGACUCGAGGCUUUCUCCCAUAUUUAUAGAUAUUUAUAUGCACCCUAGGGGCCACUUAAGCACAUAAUGCUCCGAGAGGGCCCCUACUGUUAAGCACGGGCCGUCGACAGCCAGCGACAUCGACGAUAUAAAGCAGCGCGUGCGGCUUGCCCGUAUGCCUCGGCACAUACACUACCUACCUACACACAUAGUAUAGCAUGUCUCGGGUCUGCGUGCGCAGCUCAAUAAUAAGACAAUUCCAAUUCAAGGGUUGGGUUUCUUGUCGGGUGGGAGAGCGGGCUGAUGAAAACAUGCACAUUCUCACGUACCUCUUUCGGUGGCUACAUGUUUAGGAUGCCGUCGCCGUCCAAUGAGUGAGCACCUAUGUCGCGUUCUUUAUCGGAGCACUCCUUACUCAUAGUUACACCUCUCCUCUGCUCUCGACGGGAGCCCAGGG